CAAGAUGGCUGUCCCCAAAGCGAACGGCUAUCGGCCAAGAUGCUUCUUUGAUGUUCAGAUAAAUGGAUCUCCAGGUACGAAACGUUAAAUUCCUUGGGUUAAAUGUUGGCAUUGGUUGCUGUUUUUCAAAAUUUAAUUUAUGAAGUCACUUGGGAAGAGAAGCGGCUGAAAUUCAGACUAUAACUCUUAAUAAUAUGGAAAUAAUUAUAAGCUUAUUCAAGCUUAUAUUAAGUUUAAUAUAGCAGAAGUUUGAUUCUUUGAUUUUAAUCAAUUUCUAUAAUUUUAAACUUAAAUCAAUAUGGCUGUGCAGUAUUGGUUAUGAAUGCUUACUUCUCUUGAUUAAUGAUGUGAGCCUAAUGUGUUAACACUGGGAUAAUCUAAUCUUUUUUAUGGAUUAUUUUGGCUAAUUAAUUUAAAUCAAUAAGGUUUCCAAUGAGCAACUUCAGUCUGCUUGUAACAUAGAAAGAGGAGUAGGUGGGUAGAAAGGAAGACUGGUUUGAAAGAACUUCAAAUCUAAAACUCUUAAAUUUUGCUUGAUUUAAGAAUCAAUUUUGCAUUCUUUGUAGCUGGCAGGAUUAUUUUUGAACUGUUUGCUGACAUCUGUCCUAAGACAUCUGACAACUUUAGAGCAUUGUGCACAGGUAAGGAAGUACGUAUUAAUGUAGAUACAUGUACUACUACUACCACUACCAACUAUUAUAUUAAUAUUACCGGUAAUAAUAAUAGUAAAAAUGAUCAUGAUAAUAAUAAUAAUAUCUUUUUUCAUAUUACAUGUAAACAUUAGUGUUUUAGAGUUGAGAUCAGUUGAUACGUGGUGGGCCAUAUACUCACUUGUAAGUGGGAUGGAGUCAUAAUAAUUAUUAAAUUCAUGGUCACUUCCUUUUUUUGUCUAUUUUACUAGUGCAUACAUACAUACACAUAUACAUACAUUUUAUUUGUUACACACGUAUAUCCAUUUUAUUUGCAUUUUAAGAUUGAAGCACUAUUGUAACAUACCCCGCCUUGGGUAGCUAUGCUAAUCUAGAGGGGUCCUGUUUUCAGGAAACAAAUACAACUAAAAGUAAUAACAGUGUUACAGAUAGGAGAUGGGUCUUGGGUCAAUGACCCGACAAAUAAGGCUUCCUGACCUGACAGAUGACGUAUAAGUAUUACACUGUAAGUUAAAUAUAAUGAAAAAAAUUAGCAGGUGGUCUUGGUGACCCCUCAGAUUGUCUACAUGACCCCCCUCUUGAAAAAAUUAACUGGAACACUGAAUAAGAGGGCUAAAAAAAUGCCGGAAUUGACAUAAUGACUUGAGACUACUGAAAAACUAAUGCAAUAGUGCAUAGUGUUAUGAAAUUGCUGAACUCUUAAGGAAAUCAAUGGCUAUUUUUUAAGUGAUAAACAUGACAUUUCAUGGAAACUUUAGACAAGAUUUUUUGGAUUAACUUUGAACCUGUUUUUUAGGAGAAAAAGGUUUAAGCAGGACUUCUGGGAAGCCUCUUCACUAUAAAGGAUCAGGGUUCCAUCGAGUUAUCAAGGAUUUUAUGAUUCAAGGAGGAGACUUUACUAAAGGUAUUUUUAUUUUUAUAUCAAGAUGGUAAAAGAAAAGGCACACUUAAGCUAGAGGCUCAAAUGGCCGGAGCAGCGCUGGACAGAAUGCUCGUCCAAUGCAGGGUUACCCUCCAGCAGUGUGUCGCCAGUGCCCAUUUAUACACCUGGGUGAAGAGAGGCCAAGUGGAGUAAAGUUCCUUGUCUAAGAAAACAAUGCAAUGGGUGACUUUGAACCAUAGACCUCCAGAUCCAGAGUUUGAGGUGUUAACCGCUCAACCACACAUAAUUAUCAAGAUGGCUCAAAUGGACUUUUCAGAGUUAGAGCCUUAACUAUUGUCAUUAGCAAAGAUACUGGAAAACAAUCUCCUUUAAUAGCUGUAUUGUUACCUUGGAAUUUGUUAUGACUGAUGUUAUUUUGACACAAGAGUUUUCAUCACAAUGUGUAAGUGGCUUGUAAGUGUGCCUAAGUGUAGUUGUUUUUGCAAAAGAAGUUGCAGAUUGUUGCAAUAAAACCUUUUUCGAUGUAUAAACGGUAGGUUCUGUAUCUUUACUUACAUUAAUAAGAUCUUUUUGUGAGAGUUGCGAGGGAGAGGUUUUGUAACAAGAACAGCAGUGUUUCACAGAGUUUUCAAAAGCUGCUGACUAUUAACACCUGAUGCAAGGUGCUUGUUACUUUUCAUGUUCGUAUCAGGUAUUUUUUUGAUCUGUAAAACAUGUACUACAUCAGUCUUCUAGGUAACAUUAAGCAAAAUUUUUAGUUGGUUUCUGACUGGAUGUGUGUCAAUAAUUUUUUGCUCGCACUACGCGAUUCUAGUAGCGUGAUGAUAAUCGUAUAGUGUGCACCAAGAUUCUCAUCACGCAGGAAAGGAGACAUGACUGGUAACCUACUUUUGAGCAGUACUGUAUGUCAUGUGCUGUACAAAUCAUUCUUUGCAAACCUUUGAUCAAUUAGAGCAUACAUUUAAAAUUUGAUAUGUAAUAAAAUAAAUUAUGAUUUUUUCUAUUAUUUUUGUCUAUCACAGGAAAUGGGACUGGAGGAGAGUCAAUUUAUGGUGGCACGUUUAAUGGUAUGUAGCUUCACAGUAUUAAUCUCAACAACAAGACUUGCAGUUAGAGUCAGAUUUGUAGUUGUAAAAAUUGAAGAAGUGCAAUUAGUGAGGAUUGAGUAUAGUAAACCUUUAAUAUCUGAAUUGACUUUGUGUUAUAGUCAAACAGCAAUUUUAUCAGUAGUUUGUCAGGCCUCGUUGUAAACAUAAAAUUGAGUUGACUACAGUGAAACCCUGAUUUAACGAAGAGUCAAGGGACUGGCGAAGUAUGUUGAUGUCUCUGAUCCUUUAAAAUGCAUGUUAAACGCGAAGUAAUGUAAUUAUAAAACAAAUAAUGAGAAGUUGGCGGUAAAUGGGGGAACACUGCCUUGCGUUAGGUUAGCCCGUGCGACUUCCGGCAAUGGCGUGACCAAAGAACCUCACUUAUCUCCUCAGCACUACGAGCUGAAUGCAAUACAGCACGUGCUGGAUCGGACAAGAGUAUCAGUUUGCGGGAGAUAUUCAACGGCAAUGCAGCCAACAAGCUUGGGGGAAGUGGCUGUGCAGACUUCACCUCAGCACUACGAGCUGAAUGCAAUACAGCACGUGCUGGAUCGGACAAGAGUAUCAGUUUGCGGGAGAUAUUCAACGGCAAUGCAGCCAACAAGCUUGGGGGAAGUGGCUGUGCAGACUUCACCUCCGAGGAGUGUCCCUAGUUUAUUUGAUGGCAUAGCACAAAACAAAGCCCAAACCUCGAUCGUCUCCAAAGGGAGAGAGGGAGGGAAAAAUUUUACAAGAAUAUUAUACUGAGCGCUUAAACCUUGCUGAACAAUAGAUCCCAAGUGAACUUUGAACAGUUGUUCUUGGCUUUUAUAGCUAGACGAACAUCUGCUGGCAUAGCCAGUAGAAAAGGCUGUACCACAAGACAACUCAGCAUCGCAUGAGCAAAUUCUUAGCCAUAAAUAGUGCUUUGAAAAUACUGGCCAAUGCUGCGGCUCGUACAAGGCUGUAAAGUUCUACGCUAGAAUACAAUGCAUCUUAGAGCUUGCUGACCUUGACACCUUGACUACACAAUUGCUUUAUUGAAAAAGAACCGCCAUGAAAGGGUUGCUGAUAACUAGCGUCACGUUCCAUUAACUACAUUUUACUGGCAUGACAGUAAAAUUGCUUAACGCCCUUUUUUCAGGAAACCCUUAAUUUAUUAUUAAUAUUAUAAAGCUGAUCUAAUGGGAUGUUAUAUUUUUAACUGCUUAUCUAAAUAAUAUAUGAAAAUAAUUAAUUUUUUUGUUAACUGGGGUUGAAACUUAUGAGAAUUACAAACAUGUAAUUGUGAUAACUGCAAUGAUUUACAUGCCAUAUCAAGUUUUUCAUUUUUUUUUGUUUUCCCUAUAACAGAUGAGGGAUUCCAGCUUAAGCACGAGACAGCAAUGUUGUUGUCCAUGGCUAACAAAGGUCCAAACACUAAUGGUUCUCAGUUUUUUAUGUAAGUAUUUGAUCUUUUAAGAGAUAGAAACCACCCUAUAAAUUUGAAACCAAGUAUAAAAUUCAACUGCAUCAUGCAUGUAGAUGUGUAGUAUAAGUCAGGUCCUGAUCACUCAAAGAUUGGAUGCAUGUAGUGCUAUCCACUGUAUAAAUAUUAUUAAUUAUCGCUAUGGAGUGGUUAGAGUGUUAUGAAAGCCAAUUGCCUUGUCCUCUGGAUAGUAAUUUACCUGAUGAAUAGAAUUACCCACCUUCUGAGCAACUGGGCACUGUCAACUUAAUUACACUGGCAAAAAUGGUUCAGUUCUUUUUUGAAUUUCCUGCUGUUGUCUAAUUUUCCCCGCCUUUAAUUCUCAAUUCCUUCCUUUUCUCAAGGCCCCAGGUUCAAAUUUAAAAGAGGGUUUAUGUACUUCAAUGUAUCAACUUGAUAAUAUUAAUCUCUAUCCAGUCGUUGAUCCAGUUGUUUUCUCUAAUUAAUGCUUAUCCACUGGAUAUUAAUUUAUCUGCUAAAUAGAACCUGAUCCAAGGAGUGAACAACUUGGGCCAGAUUUCAGGUCUUCCAAGGUAAAUUGGCAUCUCUGUGAUACAUAACAAUAUUGUAGUGUGAAUAAAGACAAAGUUUUAAUGUUUUAAGUUUUUAUAGUGUGUUUAUUUUGCUUUUCACAGAACAACUCAGCCUGCCCCACAUCUUGAUGGGUAAGUUUUCUUUUAACUUGAUUCAGCUGUUCUUACUGACAGAAAGGAAAUUUCUGUUAGCAUUAUGAUGUUAUUGCUACAGACAAGACAGUGUUUCAUAUGGUUUCAUUUUUUCAAUUUCAAUACACAAAUAUAAAAAAAAGGGCAUCAAAUUUUGCUAUAUUAUUUUUCAAACAUCUGAAUUUUUAAAAGAUAUCAAGAUAAAUGUAACAAACAAAAUGCAUAUUAACAUUAUUCCACAACAGAAUAAAAAUUACCAGUAAAACCAGUUAACAAUAAUUUUCUUGUCGAUACGCCUAGGCUCUACAGUACAAACAGUUGUUGUUAAUAAAUCUUAAUCAUUUUUAUAUGAUUUGAAUUUUCUAUGGAUAUUAAAUUAAAAUUUUGCAUGUUUUCUUUUCGUGAGGAUAUUUAUUGGCGAAAACAAAUUCAUGAAAUAAAAAAAAUGCUAAGUUAAGUAAUGAAAUUGUACAUGACUUGUAUACUUACGCAUUUUUGUUUGUUGCAUUGGAACUCAAAAGCAAGUCAGAUCAAUUAUUACCCACACUUCAACAAUGUUGCUCUUGCUUAUAUUGUGGUAUAUAUAUUUUAUUUGUAAGAUUCAUGUGAUAUUUGGCCAAGUAUUGCAAGGUCAGGAAAUAGUAUCAGAGAUAGAGAUUCAAAGAGUUGAUGACAAGAGUAGGCCCUUAGUGGAUGUAAAGAUUAUCAACUGUGGUGAACUUAUUUCAAAAGCAAAGGCUAAAGGUACAGGAUAUGUUUCCAUUGACUAAAUUUAUGUACAGAACUGUACUCUAGCAGCAGUGCUGCCCGCUGACCCCUGGCACCAUACUUUUGUUCUUGGGUGAUGUCUUACUGUUAUUUGUUAACUUUCAGAGGCAGAGAAGAAAGCCAAAAAGAAAAGGAAAUCUAAGCAACAUUCUGACAGCAGUUCCUCAGAUACUGACUCUUCAUCCAGUUCUGGAUCAGAAUAAGACAGUGAUCAGUCAUCAAUUGAUGAGCGGGAGAAAAAGAAACGCAUAAAAAAG